AUGUCUCAUCCCUCACCCAAGAAAGAAAACCCAGCAUGGCCCAUCGAUGGAGGGCAUCGUGCCUGGCUGUCAACAUUCGGAGCCUGGUGGGCCAUGUUCAUCACCUUUGGCUGGGUCAAUUCUCUGGGAGUUUUCCAAUCCUAUUACGAGCAAAAUCUUCUCCAAAAAUAUUUGCCGUCCCAAAUUGCAUGGAUAGCGUCUGUUCAACAGUGCUUGACUUACAGCGCGGGCAUCUUUCUCGGCAAGAUCUUUGAUGACUACGGACCGAGGUGGCUUCUCAUCAUUGGCGGUAUCGCACAGGUUUUUGGUCUCAUGAUGACCUCCAUCUCGACUGAGUAUUAUCAGGUCUUCCUGUCGCAGGCGAUUUGUAGCGCUCUAGGUGCUAGUGCUGUCAUGUACGGCACCGUUGGGUCGCUGGCUACAUGGUGGAAAGCCCGGAGAGCGACCGCGUACGGCAUCGCCAUUUCCGGCUCAUCAAUUGGCGGAAUGAUUUUCCCCAUCAUGGUCAACAGGCUCAUACCGCGAGUUGGGUUUGGAUGGACGAUGCGGGCGGUCGCUUUCAUCAUCCUCGCAGGGGCCCUCAUUGCGACAGCGACUAUCCGUUCCAACAGAGACCACGUCCCGACACCGUUCAAGAUUACAUCAUACUGCACGCCAUUGAAAGAAAUGACAUUCGCGCUUCUAUGUCUUGCAAUGACUGUGUUCGGCUUUGGCUUAUUCCUUCCUUUCAACUUUAUUCCUCUGGAAGGACAGGCAUUUGGUAUGUCCUGGGAACUGUCCAUCUACUCUAUCGUCAUUCUCAACGCUGUGAGCGUUUUUGGGCGGAUAAUCCCGGGAUUCCUGGCCGACAAGUUCGGUCGUUUCAACAUGAUGAUGGUCUGCACAACCAUGUCAGCCAUUUUGACGUUGGCUGUAUGGCUACCCGGAAGAUCUAACGCAGCAUCACUUUGUUUCUCAGCAUUCUUCGGCUUCUUCUCCGGCUGCUACAUCUCGUUGACUCCAGCCCUGGUUGUAGAAGUCUCGCCGGCAUCGGAGAUAGGACAUCGUACCGGAAUACUCUACUUCUGUAUUUCCAUUGGUGUUCUGGCAGGUAGUCCCAUUGCCGGUACGCUUGUUGAAACAAAUGGUGGUAAUUACACAUAUCUCAAGAUUUUUGCUGGUGUUACCAUGCUUUCUGGAGCUAUAAUGAUUGCUUUCUUACGUUUUUACAUCAACUAUUCGGCGAAGAAGGCUAUGGCUGCUUUGGAAGAUGGUCAGAUGGGUAAGGAAUAA